AUCUGAAGGAAGCUGUGGUAGCAGACCUGCAUAAGACUGGGGUAGUAACAGGCAGCCUCAUGGACUUGGCCAACAGCAUGUCUACACAUAUUCUGAAAUCAAGGGGAGACAACACAGUGUCAAAAUAUUAUGGAUCAUUCAGGAGAUGGGAACGGUUUAUCAACACGGAAGGAGGUAGUGCUAUACCAGCGCAGCCGGUGCAUGUGGCCCUAUAUUUAACAAGUUUGAUAGACAAAAACUGUUCAGUAAGUGUUAUACAGUCGGCAAUUUAUGGAAUUAAAUGGGCUCACAGCAUCAGAGGAAUGAAUGAUCCUACGGACAAUCACUAUAUCAAACAUUUACUUGAAUCUUGUAAGAGGCAAAACAGUGUGCCAGUGGUGAGAAAGGAUAUUGUAACUUCAGAGCAGAUAGUGAGUUUAUGUGAGAAAUAUGGAAGCUCGAAUGAUAUACUGGUCUUGAGAGAUUUAAGCAUGAUAGUGUUAAGUUUCAGUGGUUUUCUGAGAUUUCAGGAGGUAAGCAAUUUAAGGUGUAAAGAUUUAUCUUUUCACGAGAAUUUUAUGUCACUUUUUCUGGUGAAGUCAAAAACUGAUCAGUAUCGUCAAGGGAGCAAAGUUUUAAUCAAUGAAGGGAGAACUACCGGGUGUCCAAUUAGGAUUCUUAAGAGAUAUAUUUCAGCAGCCAAUGUAGAUUUGAAAUCUGGGGAAUUUUUGUUCAAACCAGCCUAUAGGUCAAAGGGCAAAUGUUGUCUUAUUAAGAAAAAUAAGCCAAUUAGUUACACCAGGGCCAGAGAGACAAUUUUGGCCAGAUUGAAGGAGGUUUGUGGAGAUGCAAAUUUGGGCUUGCAUUCAAUGAGGGCAGGCGGUGCAUCUAUGGCGGCAAGGUCCGCAGUCAAUGACCGAUGCUGGAAGAGGCAUGGGCGUUGGAGAGGUGAAAAAUCCAAAGAUGGUUAUGUAGAAGAUACUAUUGAGAAAAGGCUGGAAAAAAAAAAAAAUUAUACAAUAUUUUUCUCGUCAACAUAGCCCACAGAAUUCUACCCGUUCUUUGUUAUUUUCUAUAAGUCUCUCGGGCAG